CCACCGCGAGCCACACACGCGAUGCAUGCGGGCACCUAGCGGAUACACGCGCGCGGGCCUCAUGGGCACCGUGCUGAGCUUCAGCCCGCGAGAGCGGCGACCGCCCGCAGCCGCUCCACCGCCCGAUCGCGCCGCGCUCGCUUAUUCCUACGAACGACUCAACAACGCUAAGAACAGAGAGAACCGCGAUGAGCGUACACGGGACGAGCGUCGCGCCACCCUCGACGAUGCCGCCAAGAUUAUCUCAGAAAAAACCGCCCUCGAGAAAAACCUCAAGAAGCAUUCGUUAUUUAUCAACGCGCUAUCAUGGAAGAGGUUCUCAACCGCCAAUAAUAAUAAGAAAAAGUUAGAAUGCAAGAGCAAGAGCGUUUCGACGUUCCGAGCGCCCCUCACAGACAAUGCCCCACUCGAUAGGAACAAGAACGUCAGCGUCGGUGGUGCGAUAUACGCGCGGGCACCGGUGGCACCUCUUCCACCACCGCCGACGGAGGUAGCGCGCACUAAUGCGCUAAAUAACAAUGUGUGCUACGCGGAGAAGCUACCUACGACAGCAGUGGGGACGGCCCCGGUGCCGGCGCCGAGGAAGACGGUGAUACAAGCAUCGACAUCGGAGCUGCUCAAGUGCCUGGGCAUGUUCCUGCAUGCGCGGUGCCACCGCCUGCGCGACUUCCAGGCUGGCGACGCCGUGAUGUGGCUGCGAACUGUCGACCGAUCAUUGCUCCUGCAAGGUUGGCAGGACGUGGCGUUUAUAAAUCCAGCGAAUGUGGUCUUCGUGUACAUGCUUGUGCGUGAGCUGGUCGACGGGGAGCGGAUAGCCCGUCCACAGGAGCUGCAGGCCGUGGUUCUCACCUGCCUGUACCUCUCCUACUCUUACAUGGGUAACGAGAUUUCCUACCCCCUCAAGCCCUUCUUGGUAGAGGACUCAAAGGACAAAUUCUGGGAUCGUUGCCUUCUCAUCGUCGACAGACUGUCAUUUAACAUGUUAAGAAUUAACUCCGAGCCUGGUUUCUUCACUGAGGUGUUCACAGAGCUGAAGGCGUGUGGUGCUGUGGAUAGCCCCCCGCCGGCCCCUCCACACCCCGCCCCCGCGCCUCCACACGCUAUGACAGCUGCCUGACAUACAGAGGUUGCUGUGCUCAGGUUAGCACUAACUGACCGCCCAAGUCGUGUUUGAUGUCGGCUUUUUACUACAGAAGCUCUUGGUCAAUCGUCGAUUGUAAAGUGGACGACUAAUCACACGUAUAGAUAAUUUAGAACAAAAUUGAAUAUAAAUUAAUAUUGUAUAACCUCGUGUGAUCGAUGUAUGCAAGGCUUGUAUUAGACAAAAUUAAAUUUCUUUAGAUUCCUUUAACUAAAUUCCAAGGAAAGAAAGCCUUAUUUAUAUCAUAAAUGUUAAAAUAUAAACGAUCAAUUGCUAAGCAUUUAACGUUUUCAUAUGAUUGACCGAGAUUUUCUAAUGAAAGUAGUAUAAAACAAAACGGCGGUUACUAUAACAGAUCUAGACGAAAGCAUAAUAUUCCAAAGAUUUUAAAAUGUGAUAAUAGCAGAAAAAUGCAAUUAUUAAGAUCAUUUUAAAGAAAAUCGUAAAAUAUGACGAUUCAUAUAACACAUUACCGAUGCAGUCCCGAUUUAUAACUUAUAGAACUGUUUCACUUAAAAUAAAAAAGCAAUUUUACCUCAUUUUUUUAUUUAGAAACAGUUCUAUAAAUAACAGCCAAUCCAAACACUUGAUUAAAAACAUCUAUAAUUUCCAAUUUGACUUUCGAACGUAACGGUAAGAGAAUAUAAAAUGGCUACCCUCUCGUCGUACGUUUAGAAACAAUUGAAACGAUAGAUUAAUACGUUCACUUGUGAGCUCUUCACACUGAAUAGUAAAACUGUACUUUCUAUGUCUGUAUUAUGGUAGGUAAUUGUCUGAUAAUCUUAUUUUCCAAGCUGCUCACUCAUAGCGGCGUUCUAGUCCAAUAGCGCAGCGUUAGAUAGUAAGUUAAGAGUUUCGUAAUGUAGAGAAUGAUUGUAUUGCCAUAUAGUUAGAUGAUAUUAGCGAAAUGUCUGGCAGGCGGGAGGAUGCAAUAAUGCGGGAACACCGUCGUGAUUUACCGGGAAACCCUUCUAAAAUGUGUACGUACGUAUGACCGGCUCAAAGCGGAAUGACCUAUUAAGGCAAUGAAAUAUAUUGUAUUUAAAAAAAUAGGUGAAAUUUUGCGAAUGAUUAAGCGUUUUGUACAGUAAUAACGAUUAAAUAUAUUAAGUCCUAAAUAAUAGUCUAGUUUAGAAAAAUGGCAGGUAUUAAAUACGCCUGAAGUGACACUCGGUCUAAAUAACUAAACUUCAUAUAGCUUAAUACUUGAAAUAAGAUACUUAUGAGCUCAGACUUUUAAUAUUGAUGUCAUAGUUACACUAUAAUGAUAAAAAUGUAUACCUUAAGAUAUUGUUCUUGAAUUUAUCGCACUUAAUAAAUAUUUACCAAAUCGUUUGUUUUAAAGGUUAUUAAUAAAUAAAAAUAAUUUAUAGGGCGUGGCAUUUCCAAAUUAUGAGGAAUAUUAUAUUAAUACGAUUUGUAAAUUAUGAGUCUAUUAUACGAAUAAAAUAACAAGAAACCAGACUGAAAAUUGUCAACUAAUAAAUGUUCGCCAUAUGGUGAAGUGUAAAAUGAGAUCUUACGAACAUUGAGGUGUCUCGAUACUGAGUGUACCAUUUAUGAGGCUUGGUGGUGGAACAGCUACCGUUUUUAAUUCUGUGCAUGCGAUUGUUAAAUUUUCUAUAACAUUUGUUAUAAGGUAUGCUUUUUAGUGAAAAUAUUGUAAAAAUGCAGCAUUGUUGUGACACGUGUUUCCGUUUUAAAUGUUUGCUUUCAUUGGCAAUGACAAAUUAAAAGAUUAUUACUUAUCUUCUUAAAUUAUUCUAUAGAAAAUAAAGCGCGUGCAACUUUGUCCACGUGGCCGAAGUUAAACGUCAGAGGCGUUUCACUAAAAGAUAAUAACUCUAAGUACUGAAAUUCAGGCAAAUAAUUAUGUCCAUUAACAUUUUAGAGAUUUUAUUAUAAAAUCACUAAAGUACUUACGAUCUCUAAAGUAACAUUUGCAGCAAGCGAAUACUAUUCCAAGACUCAGACUUUUAAUGUUGUAUGUUCUAACAAAACACACGUAAACUUUGUUACGAAUUUUGUAAUAGUAGAGUAUUAAAAACGAAGUUAACUGUGAAAACAUUGUUGCCAACUGUAUGAGGUACAUCUUCUAAUGUCACUGCUCCAUUUGCGUCCUUAGCCCUUUACAGUAUAUAUAAUUCAUAUUACUAAACAUAUACCUUAGCAAAACGCAACCAUUCCUAGUUCUUUGUGCGCAGUUACCUUUCCUACUUGUUGGAACUGUUUAUAAUUAUUAUCUGGAUCCGGUGGUCCUACACUUGAACUCUUUUCAGUUGUGUCGGAUUUGCCGUUAAAUCGGAUAGCAUGAGAUUACACCCAAUUGUGCACAAUUAGCUAAUCUCCCCUGCGAAUGGCCGCGGUUGCUUAAAUAGGUCAGGAGAACGUCAUCAUAAAUUAUUUAUCUGUAGCUUAAAGCACAAUCGUUGAUACGAUCAUUAUAGUACAAUUGGAGAACUAACAAUAACGUUAUCGUCGUUGGAGUAGUAACUUUAUACUGGAAGAUACAGUAAGUGAAGAGAAAGUACUUUUUUUUUAAAUUCAAUAUUAUAAACAUACAACUUUCAAAGGGCUUAAAUCCUAAAACGAGGCCUGCAGCCAAGCGUAAAAAAGUAUUAUUAUGAAUAUUACCUUGAACAUGGCACAGAUGACAUAGUUCUAGAAAAGACUAACGUUAUUGAAUUAUAUUUAAUAUGAUAAAGCAUAGUUUUCACUGAAGAAAACAAAAAUGUUGCAUAAAAAAGUUUAUAUAUUUAAACAAAUGAAUUUGUCUACAAGAAUGCUUAAUGCCCGGCCCUAUAACAUGAUUCAUAUAGAGGUUAAGAUUUUUUUAGUAAUAAAACCGAGUGUCCUAAUGUAAGGAAACUGUUUAGUCAAGUGAAUGUCAUAAGGAUAGAAAAGUAUUUAUUGAAUAAAAAUAAAAGAAUCUCAAAAAAAAUAAUAUUCCAAACUCUUAAUUAAUUGGGUAAAGUAGAUGUCUGUGAUGUUUAUUGAAUUUAAAAAGCUUUUGUUAGUGUUAUUUAAGAAUAUUGUUUUUUUUUUUGUUUUUUUAUUUUGCGAUUUUUGUUAUUCUAGUAUAUUGCCAGAUUUAAAAUAUAAGCUAACGAUUAGGGUGACCAUAUAAUUUGUUUUCUAAAGUGUUAUAAUAUCCCGUAGAAUUAAAAUAAUUUUGAUGCCGUCUUUAUGAAUAUGUCUUAGCAUUUAUUUUCUAAAAGUUUGUUAUUGUUUAUCCUGGCUGUUAUUUUGUAAUCAUGCUAAAUAAAAUUAAAAAAAAAAGAACCUCAUUCGGCCGUGUUGAGUGCUGAUUGUAUUAUUAUUUAUUUUAAAUUAAAAUGUGGAAUAAUUAAGAUAGUAAUGUACAUUCCAACUUAAUUAAUAAUGAUCUAUUAAAAAAUAAAAUAUAAGCCCCGAAAUUCAUUCAUGUCCCAAUGAUCUCCCAUAAAUAUAAUUCGAUAUUUGGAAGUGUGGAUGUGCAGACUUUGAAGGUAAUAACAGUUCAGGUACCUCUUCUAAUUAUUCAUGUAACUCACGUUUGUUAAUUAACCUACUGUAAAUAAAACCUUAUUAUUAAAAAA